AUGUCUUUUCGAUGUGUCGCUCGAUAUGACCAUUAUCCAUAUUUUAUUUAUAAUGCACAUGUUAGGCUAAAAUACGGAUUCAUAAAUGUAAUAAAUUCAACCUUAUCACCCACUCACCGGUUAUUCCAUGCCACGAAUCGAGAUUUUCGGCCAUCUCUUGGUUUGGACAAUAAUAUGAAAAUUGAUCCCGACGACCCUAUUAUCACCAAGAUUCGUUCGGAUCCAACCAUUCUGGAAUCUAUCAACGAGUUCGCUGCACUUUUGAAAGUUAAAGGUGUUGAUCUAAGCACUGGUCAAAUGCCUUCGUUCAUGCAAAUGGCUAAACUUGCGGGAGACAGAGAGGUAUCGGAGAAACUAAAUAUUCUCAACACACAAUUCCGCCAGGCCGGAAUAGCAUUUGACACUGAAACGGCACAAAAAUUCAUGAGCAUUCAAAACAAACAAGCCAUUGAAGUUCCAAAAACAAGUUCAACGCCUGAAGGAUCUCAGAAUACCAUGGGGAAAUUAACGACGAAAAAAAUAGAGGUCAUUGAAACAAAAAAAGAAUCAUCCGGCAUUGUGGAUAAAUUUAGAUUGUGGUGGGCGGGAAAAGCAAAUUAA